UCGUACGGACACCAUUCAGAAUUGUUUGGCUGUUUUUCUCGGAAAAGUAAAGAAAGUGUGAGAGAGGAGAUUUUCAUUUUUGAUCCCCUAGUCCAAAAUUUGAAAUACGCAAGACUUCUGAAUCUUAUUAACUACUAGUCUAUACUUUAUAAUCUAACAACAGCAAAACCUACCUCGAAACAGAUUUAUUCUCUCUCCGAUUUAGAUUGUCGUCUUUAAAGCUAGGGUUUCUCAUUGCUCCAUCAAAUUGCCAAUAAAAUCGUAGUACUCAUAUCUGAUCCCAUCGUCUGAGGGUUUUGAUCUUUGAUUCAUAGAUGCAAUCUACUAUUUCACGAAGUGGUGAGAGGAAUUUGGAUUCAGAAUUUUUUUUUUUUGGGGGAGUUAGUGUUUGGUUGUGAUUGUGGAAUAAAAAUUUGAGUUAGGUUUUUAAGUUAUUGUUGAAAGGAAAGGGUUCCAAAUUUUCAAUUAUGAGGACGUCUUGGGCAGAUUCUGUUACUGCAGCUGAGAAUGCAGUUUCUGGUUCCGUUAAUAAUGGGGCUGUGGGAGAUUCACAACCUGCUAAGUCUGCUUAUGUUCCACCUCAUCUUCGUAACAGGCCGCCUGCGUCAGAGCCUCCGGCUCCAUCUUAUAGUGGCCCACCAUCAGGUAAUAAUAGAGUUGCCUACAGUGGACCUACAAAUGCAUCUCAGUGGGGAGGUUCUAGGAAUGAUUAUGGACACCAAGGAUAUAGCGGUGGUGGCCGAAUUAGUGGUGGUGGCAGUGGUUGGAACAACAGAGGUGGAGGAUGGGACCGUGGGAAGGGCUUUGAGGUAAACCCCUUUGCUAAUGAUGAUGUUGAUGAUGAUGCAGAGGGUGGAUUUGGUGACCAGGAAAAUACUGGUAUCAACUUUGAUGCUUAUGAGGAUAUUCCAGUGGAGACAAGUGGAGAUAAUGUACCGCCUCCUGUGAAUACUUUUGCUGAGAUAGACUUGGGGGAUGCACUGAAUCAAAACAUUCGGUUGUGCAAAUAUGUGAAGCCAACCCCUGUUCAGCGUCAUGCGAUCCCCAUUUCCAUUGCGGGUAGGGAUCUGAUGGCUUGUGCUCAGACUGGGUCUGGUAAGACAGCUGCUUUUUGUUUUCCAAUUAUAAGUGGAAUCAUGAGGGGGCAGUUUGCAAGACCACGCGGAUUACGUACUGUGUACCCAUUUGCUCUUAUUCUGUCACCUACAAGAGAGCUCUCUUGUCAGAUACAUGACGAAGCUAGAAAAUUUUCCUAUCAAACUGGUGUCAAGGUUGUAGUUGUGUAUGGAGGAGCACCAAUCAACCAGCAGUUGCGAGAACUUGAAAGAGGAGUUGAUAUUUUAGUGGCAACUCCUGGACGAUUAGUUGAUUUGCUUGAGAGAGCAAGAGUUUCGUUGGAGAUGGUUAGAUACUUGGCUCUUGAUGAGGCAGAUCGAAUGCUGGAUAUGGGAUUUGAACCUCAAAUCAGAAAGAUAGUGGAACAAAUGGACAUGCCUCCACGAGGCGUGAGACAGACUAUGCUGUUUAGUGCAACCUUUCCAAAAGAGAUCCAGAGACUGGCAUCUGAUUUUCUUUCAAACUACAUUUUUCUGGCUGUUGGAAGGGUUGGUUCAAGUACUGAUUUGAUUGUUCAAAGAGUUGAAUUUGUUCAUGAGACUGACAAGAGAAGCCACCUUAUGGACCUUCUUCAUGCGCAGAGAGCUAAUGGAGUUCACGGCAAGCAAGCUCUGACUUUAGUAUUUGUGGAGACAAAAAAGGGAGCUGACUCAUUGGAAUAUUGGUUGUGUCUUAAUGGGUUUCCUGCAACAACUAUUCAUGGUGACAGAACACAGCAGGAAAGAGAACAAGCAUUGAGAUCAUUUAAGAGUGGAAACACACCAAUUCUAGUAGCAACAGAUGUGGCAGCACGUGGUCUUGAUAUUCCUCAUGUUGCUCAUGUGGUCAACUUUGACAUCCCCAAUGACAUUGAUGAUUAUGUGCACCGGAUAGGACGGACAGGCCGUGCUGGCAAGUCAGGAUUAGCAACAGCUUUCUUCAACGAGAAAAAUUUAUCAUUGGCAAAGCCACUAGCUGAUCUGAUGCAAGAAUCUAAUCAGGAAGUUCCUGUUUGGCUCACUCGUUAUGCAAGUCAUUUAUACGGAGGAGGUAAGAACAAACGCUCUGGGGGAGGACGUUUUGGCAGUCGGGAUUUUAGAAGAGAGGGCUCUUUGAAUAGGAGUUGGAGCAACACAGAUUAUUACGGAGGCAACAAUACCGGUGGAUAUGGGGUUCCUGCCAGUUAUGGUGGGGGUUAUAGUUCUGGUGUGACCAGUGCUUGGGAUUAGUGUCCCAAAAUGUACUGAAUUUGUUCUGGUAGUAUAUAUGUAUUUUUCCACCAGUUUUUUUUUUAAGGAUUAUUAUGUUUUUCCAAAGUGGUUGAGUUCCUUUUGAUUUUUAAAGAAGGAAAUGCCUUUUCCGGUGUUUCACCUUUUAGUGGUACUGAUACCAGAAGAGGGGUGAGCGGUGUAAUGGUUAGGUUGGUAGUACCAGACUGCCAACAAAUUAGGGUCUAGCGUCUCAUGGAAGUCUAUCAUCAUUUGUGUAUAUAAUUUUCCCCUGAAAUGUGGGUGUUGUUGGUUGGGAAUGGUCCUCGAGUAUAUAGUCUCCGUUAGAUAUCUUUGUGUACAUGAGUGAUAUUCAUCAAAAUAUUUUAUGUUUCAUCUAUAA